UAGUCGAUCUACAGAAUGGACUGUAUACUUUACUCAAAAUCAAACUAGACCAAGUUUGCUAAACAUUUAUAAUGAGAUUAAUACUUUACAACAAUAUAAUGCCAAACCAGUUAAAAGGAAUAAGCAUUCAAUUUCGCUUGCUUCUGGGU